CACACAACAGCUAGCAAGCUGAGCUGCUAGCAACAGCAAACACAAUUUGAUAGCAACUAUUGAUGAGAAAGUAGGAUGUGGAUGUGAUCGCAGCACAGCGAACACUAUCGUCUAUUAAACCCCAUGGCGAUGAGAGGGGCAAUGGUCCAUGAAGAGUUUUGGAUACACAGAGAGUGGCUGGUCCACCACGCACAACAUCAGGCACUGGAACACAGAUAACACCUCCAAACUGAUAAACCAUGAUCCCCAUCACAGAGCUGCGGUACUUUGUGGACACACAGCCAGCAUACCGCAUCCUGAAACCAUGGUGGGAUGUGUUCACAGACUACAUUUCCAUUGUUAUGCUCAUGAUUUCUGUGUUUGGUGGGACACUGCAGGUCACCCAGGACAAGAUGAUUUGCCUGCCCUGUAAAUGGGUGGUCAAUGAGACCUGCAAGAAGAACUUAAAUUCCACCCUCUCCACAUCACUGUUCUUGGAGCCCAAAGGGAUCCAGUAUGAUUUGGACCGCCACCAAUACAACUAUGUGGAUGCUGUGUGCUAUGAGAAUAGAUUGCACUGGUUUGCCAAGUAUUUUCCCUACCUAGUAUUACUUCAUACCCUUAUUUUUCUAGCUUGCAGCAACUUCUGGUUUAAGUUUCCACGGACUAGUUCCAAACUAGAGCACUUUGUAUCCAUCUUGCUGAAAUGCUUUGACUCCCCAUGGACAACUAGGGCACUGUCAGAGACAGUGGUUGAAGAGAGUGACCCAAAACCUAUGAAAAUGAACGGCUCAAUGGACCACAAGGAGUCCGUUAUCAGUGAGGAUGUUGAAGCAAGUGUUCCUAUGCUCCAAAGGACAAAGACACGCUUUGAGCAAGGCAUUGUAGAUAGAACAGAGACAGGGGUUUUGGACAAAAAAGAGGGUGAGCAGGCAAAGGCCCUGUUUGAAAAAGUGAAGAAGUUCCGUAUACACGUUGAAGAAGGAGACAUUGUGUACAGACUGUACAUCCGUCAGACUAUUAUCAAAGUCAUCAAGUUUAUUUUGAUAAUCUGCUACACAGGGUAUUACGUGCACGAUAUUAAAUUUAGUGUUGACUGUUCGGUAAAUAUAGAAAGCCUGACAGGUUACAGCGUGUACCGUUGUGCUCACCCGUUGGCUACACUUUUUAAAAUCUUAGCCUGUUUUUACAUUAGCUUAGUGGUUGUGUAUGGUUUGAUCUGCAUGUACACACUUUGCUGGAUGCUCCGGCGCUCUCUAAAGAAAUACUCCUUUGAGUCAAUACGGGAAGAGAGCAGCUACAGUGACAUACCUGAUGUGAAGAAUGACUUUGCAUUCAUGUUGCACAUGAUAGAUCAGUAUGACCCUCUGUACUCCAAACGCUUUGCUGUGUUUCUCUCAGAAGUAAGUGAAAAUAAGCUGAGGCAGCUGAACCUCAACAAUGAGUGGACACUGGACAAGCUCAGGCAGAGGAUAACUAAGAACUCACAGGAGAAGUUGGAGUUGCACCUUUUCAUGCUAAGUGGCAUUCCAGACACGGUUUUUGACCUGAUGGAGCUGGAGGUCCUUAAACUGGAGCUUAUACCAGACAUCACCAUCCCCCCAAUCAUCGCCCAGCUGCUCAACCUGCGAGAGAUGUGGCUUUAUCACACACCAGCUAAAAUCGAAGCUCCCGCAUUGGCUUUUUUGCGUGAGAACUUGAAAUCUCUUCACAUCAAAUUCACUGACAUCAAAGAGAUUCCCUUAUGGAUCUACAGUUUGAAGAAUCUGAGUGAGCUUCAUCUGACAGGGAAUCUCAGUGCAGAGAACAACCGUUACAUUGUCAUUGAUGGACUCCGAGAGCUCAAGAGGCUCAAAGUUCUUCGUCUGAAGAGCAAUCUCACCAAGCUACCUCAGGUGGUGACUGAUGUGGGUAUGCACCUCCAGAAGCUUUCCAUCAACAAUGAAGGCACCAAGCUGAUGGUGCUCAACAGCCUGAAGAAGAUGGUGAACCUGACAGAGCUGGAGCUCAUCCGCUGUGAUCUAGAACGCAUUCCGCACUCAAUCUUCAGCUUGCACAACUUGCAGGAGAUUGACCUGAAGGACAACAACCUGAAGACCAUUGAGGAGAUCAUCAGCUUCCAGCAUCUUCAUCGGCUGGUCUGCCUUAAGCUCUGGUACAACCAGAUUGCCUAUAUUCCCAUCCAGAUCGGCACACUGACCAACCUGGAGAAGCUGUACCUGAACAGAAACAAGAUUGAGAAGAUCCCUAGCCAGUUGUUUUAUUGCCGCAAGCUGCGCUUCCUGGACCUGAGCCAUAACAACCUGACCUAUAUCCCAACAGACAUUGGCUUCCUCCAGAAUCUUCAGUACCUGGCAGUGACAGCCAACAGGAUUGAGAGUCUGCCUAAUGAGCUGUUCCAGUGCAAGAAGCUUCGCACUCUGAACUUGGGGAACAAUUGCCUGCAGUCUUUGCCAUCACGGUUUGGCGAGCUGACUGGGUUGACACAGCUAGAGCUGAGAGGAAACCGUCUGGAGUGUUUGCCCGUGGAGCUGAGUGAGUGCCGACAGCUAAAGAGAACUGGUCUCGUGGUGGAGGAGGACCUCUUCAACACGCUGCCCACUGAGGUUAAGGAACAGCUGUGGAAAGUUGACAAAGAACAAGCUUAAACAGGCCUGUAGCUGUGAGCGAAUAAAGAUACUCACCAACAGGGCCCUGACACAGGAGGAAUGCCCAUACUGUCCCAGAGGGCUUGCUGGAACAGGCAGUAGACCUGCUGCAGUGUACUGCCAGUAAGGUUUGGUAUCAAGAACCAGUGCCAGUUUGGCAAAACCAAAAUACUAAUUCUGGUAGCUUCUGGUAGUUCUCUUAGUUCCUAACUGUCCAGUUGAUUUUUUUUAUUCCCUUACAAACAACCCCCUAGGCCUUUCCACCAUAACCCAGUAAUGAUGCUUCUCAGCAAUAAUGUAGCAGUGCCAUUGUAAUCAGCAGCGUGUGUUUACAUUUAAUGCUUCUCAGUUAUGGUGGAGAAGUUUAAAUUAUGGUAAACUAUGAGCCAUCUUUACACAAAACAGAAAUGGAACUUGAACAAGUUUUCCAAAAACAUCAGGUUCUUGCCUAAUCAAGAUUGAAUCAAGAAAAAUCUGUCCAGUAAAAACACGAGGUAGCAAGGUGAUCUCUAAGACCUCUAGCUUUUAAUAGUCAAACAGCAACCAUCACUUACUCCGGUUGGUUUGAGCUGUACUGAACUCCAAUUGCAUCAUUAUAUGCAAAGGAAAAAUCAUAAAAUUAUGAAAUCAAGAAAGGCAAGAGGCUGAAACUCUGUCUUUUAUUUUGUUGGGGAAAAAAUUAAGCUGAUUUUCACUUACAGUAUUUGACAAGUCAUCUGGUUAUAUCACCAAAUAUUAUUUCUGUGUAUAGGGAAUGAUAAUACCAAUCACAAGCAAACUACACAGUCAGGUUAGCGAUCCUAUAAGUUUGAGUCAGAAUAGUAGCUAUUUCAUAGCUUUGCUUCCAGAACUGACCUUACACAGAUUUAAACUGGUGGUCAGAGUGUGUCUGCUUCAGAGGGAUGACAACGGCCUUGAAAUACCUUAAUAUGUGCUUUGUUUGCAAAUGUUGAGAAAAUCAUGAGAUUAUGACACAAAAUCCCAAAUCAGGGAUGACUAAUGAUGAGCCGUGUCAAGAAAGGUUGUAGUUUCUGAAAUUCUUGUGUCUGAGAAGUUGUUGUAUAAGGUGGGAAGAAGAGGGUCAUUGAUGAUACUUUGUUAUGAGUGCAAGUGCUGUAGAGGAGGAGGAGUUGUCUUUGGCUGGCCUGAGUCUUGGUAGCAGAACAACAUUUGUGGUAUUAUACUAGAGAGUGCAAUCUUCACAUUACAUCAGCUGGGUGGAGGGGUCGACAGUCUCUUUCUGGGGGGGAAGCGGUGUUGUGUGUUUGAACUAGAGCUUGACUUAGCAGUUACUGUACUGAAUGCAACCCAGUGGUCGUUACAAAACAUCAACCCCCACAGAGUUACAUUAGCGGAGCAUCUUAUCAGGAAGCAGAUACCCUACCCUUACUGCCAGUAUACUAAUCAGUGGGAACUGAGCAAAAUCUAUUUCACGGCCAU